AUGGCAACCUGCAAAAGCGUUCCAGUGAUUAUCCCAAAGGAUGGCUCACUGACAAACGUUAUGAUCAAGGACAUCAUCAGCACCUUUUUCACCAAGGAAUGGCCCAGCGUUGAUCCGGACACGCUCAAUGUCACAUACAAAACCGGAUAUGCAAACACAAAUUGCAUAGUUGAACGACCAUCUUCGAAGGAUGAAACACAUUCAGAACCUCUCAAGGUGUUCCUCAAGAUCAACGGUGAACUUGAUGGAGAAAUUGCGGUUUUCAAGCACUUGGUUCCCAAUAAGCAUGAAGAGGCACGCCUAUGCUAUGAUUACGGUCAUUCAGGUCAUGGUGCUAAGCUCUACGGUCUCUUCCAGACACAGGACGGUGCUUUCGGAAGGAUUGACGAGUUCUUGGAUGCACGCAACUUGGAGCCAGAAGAUGUGGAAGACGCAGAUAUCCGAGCCGAUAUCGCACGAGGGUAUGCCAUUUUCCACGCCAUGGCAACACAACGAGAGAAGAAACCUAUUCAACUAUAUUAUGAUACAAUUACCGAAGAGCUUACAAAGUAUCAUAAGAUGGACAAGUUAAAAAAGCUAGCCCAGGAAGGAGGCGUUCCUCUGGACGAGCUUAUUGAUUAUGACUUUGUGUCUAAGAUAAAGCGAGUCACAGAGAGGUUGGAAUCUAUCGGAGCAAAAAAGGGAUGGUGCAUACACGAUGUUCAGUUCAUGAAUGUGAUGGUGAAGAAUAACUUCCAACAAGGAGAAAGCAAAGUCGUUUUCAUAGAUUUCGAAUUCGUCUUUCAGAAUUACCGAGCGAUCGACAUUGGGGGGCACUUCAUGCAAAAGAUGUUCAAGUGGUUUGACAAGGAGAGCCAAAUUGCCAACUGCCGACCUUACACCGAGGAUGAGAAGAGACACUUUUGCGAGGAAUAUGCAAAGCAAUGGAACGAGACGACUGGGGACUCAGAUACAGGGGAACAGGUCUUUGUCGAAUCCGAGCUAGGUUUUAUGCUGGCUAUUACGUUUGAUAUCCAUAAUAUGCUCUGUUUCAUGGAUCAGGAUAACGACAAAGACCCGCUGAGCCUCCUGGGGCUCAACAAACUGUUUGAAGAGUUUGUCAGUCAGUACAACAAGCUUGGCCUGGGAAGCUAA